UUUUUUUGUUCAAGUUUUAGGGACACAGGCUAGUUUGCUUUUAUAAAACGCUCGAUCAAACUAUAAAUAAUAGUUUUACAGCUCGUCAUUGUAAUAGUCCUAUGUCCAUCUCAAUUAAACGAAGCUAGACAGUUGCGUGAACUCAACAACAGAAGCACCAACAACAACAACUGGGACAAAAAGAAGGUUAAAACAUGUCCAGUCUGCCACGUCGCAUUAUAAAGGAGACGCAGCGCUUGAUGCAGGAGCCGGUGCCCGGAAUUAAUGCAAUUCCCGAUGAAAACAAUGCGCGCUAUUUUCAUGUAGUGGUCGCCGGUCCAAAUGACUCGCCGUUUGAGGGCGGCGUCUUCAAGCUGGAGCUGUUUCUACCCGAGGAUUAUCCAAUGUCGGCACCCAAGGUGCGUUUCAUCACAAAAAUAUACCAUCCGAAUAUCGAUCGUCUUGGACGCAUUUGCCUGGAUGUGCUAAAGGAUAAGUGGAGUCCGGCCCUGCAAAUUCGCACCAUUCUCUUGUCCAUUCAGGCGCUGCUCAGUGCGCCCAAUCCCGAUGAUCCGCUAGCCAACGAUGUGGCCGAGCUGUGGAAGGUCAAUGAGGCCGAGGCCAUACGCAAUGCACGUGAAUGGACCCAGAAAUAUGCUGUCGAAGACUGAAGCGCUGCGUGCUCUAAUAUCUCCUCACAAGGUGGGUGCAGCUAAAACGGGCUAACAGCCAAUUUCUUGGAUGGACAUUCGUCCUUCGACCCACAAGCAAAGCAAGCAACCAACAACAAAACCGAUAAAAGAUUAAACCAUUUUUAUAACACACAAUUUUUUGUAUA